UCUUUUCUCGCUAAAUUAACGUACGCCGGUGGAUUGUGUCGUUGUGUUUUAAUGUUUGAACCUUAGAAAACGGCAAAUUCCACUAAAUAAUGGCUACUGUUGUUGCACAGUCCCAUUUCAUAUUCGGUCUGCGGACAGGCGUGAGCAACAAUUUGUGCUUCUUCGAUGAACAAACUGUUGUUUUCCCCUGCGGAAACAACUGUGUGUGCUACAACACCGUCCAACGAACUCAGAGGUUCAUUCAAGGCUCAGAGAAAAGCAAGGGCAUGCGCGCUCUGGCCAUCAGUGCCAAUCGGCGUUACCUGGCAGUGUCAGAGUGUGGCGAGAGGGCCACCAUCACAGUGUUCGACCUGCAGCACGAGCAGGGCAGAAAGAGAAAGGUCCUGACUGCAGGUGACACGCCUGUUCAAGAGUUUGUGUGCAUGGCUUUCUCUCCUGACUCCAAGUACCUAAUAGGCCAGACAGGUGGCCCAGAGUGGAUGCUAAUCUUCUGGCUGUGGGAAAAACAGAAGGUCCUGGCAACGGUGAAGACCACUAACUCAAAUAAUCCUGUCAUCCAGGUCAGCUUCAACCCUUACAACAACACACAGCUGUGUGUGUGUGGGACUGGUGUGUUCAAGCUGUUCCGCUACACAGAGGGAGCGCUGAAACAGAGCAGCUUCGCCAAGGUGGAGUCCAUCAACUUCCUGUGUCAUACCUGGAUGAAGGGGGAGCGUGUCAUCGCCGGGACAGACACAGGCAGGCUUCUGGUGUUUGAGUCUGGUGACCUGCGAAGAGAGAUUAGCACGGCUUCUAAAGCUGUGCAGGAACAGUCUGACAGACAGUUUGAGAUGAAGAAGAUCAAAGACGCUGACAUGGACAAAGAUCCCAAUGCCCCUCGCAUCACGGCAAUUCUGUCCUACUCCAAGGGCUUUGCAUGCUCCCUGGGCUCCGGCACAGUCUGUCUUUUUGAAAAGCAAGAGGAGGACAAUUACAGAAGAAUCAGGGAGAUACGGAUCCCUUCAGACCCAUACAGCAGCGAGCUGAGCCUGGCUGAGAGCCAGAAGAUUGACACCAUGUGCAUCAGUCCAGCAGAGGAGACUCUGGCCAUCAGCACGGACAGAGGACAGCUGUACAGCUGCAGCCUGUCCUCUUUGGAGAUGAACAAGGAGGAACACGCACAUUUUGAGUUCCUGUCGCAGUCCUUCCACUCUAAGUCCAUCACUGGUUUGUCCGUCUGCAUUCAAAAGCCCCUCAUAGCCACCUGCUCUCUUGACCACUCUGUCCGCAUCUGGAACUAUGAAACAAAAGUGUUGGAGCUGUACAAAGAGUUCCAGGAGGAGGCGUACAGCAUUGCUCUGCACCCCACCGGCCUCUUCAUCCUGGUGGGCUUUUCAGACAAACUCAGGCUGAUGAACCUGCUUAUCGAUGACAUCCGCACCUUCAAGGAGUUCACUGUGCGCGGCUGCAGAGAUUGUGCUUUUAGCCACGGUGGCCACAUGUUUGCAGCUGUCAAUGGGAAUGUCAUCCACAUCUACUCUGUCACUUCUUUUGAGAACAUCCUCAGUCUGAAGGGCCACAAUGGAAAGGUGCGUGGCAUUGAAUGGAGCCUGGACGACAGCCGGCUAGUGUCAUGUGGGAUGGAGGGCGCGGUGUACGAGUGGAACACACAGUCUGGCAAGCGUGUCUCUGAGAGCGUCCUCAACUCGUGCAGCUACACAGAUGUUGCCUUCUCUUCAGACUGCAAGAGCAUCGUGGCUGUGGGGACAGACCUUAAACUGAAGGAAAUCCAGGACUGUCAGGUCCUGAGGGAGGUUCCUCCUGAUGAGGAAGCUCACACCGCUGUGGCAGUGUCUCACUCUGGGAGAGUUGUGUUCACCGGGACGUCCAGUGGAACUAUAAGAGCCGUUAAAUACCCAUUACCACUCCAGAAGGACUGGAUCAUGUACCAGGCCCACUGUGGCCCGGUCACCAAGAUGGUGAUCACGUUUGACCAUCAGCUCCUGCUGACAGUGUCUGAAGAUGGCUGCCUGCUGAUGUGGAAGAUCAUUGAUAAGGAAGGCAGAGGACUGAUGAGCAACAGGCAGAUCAUCCACACUGAAGAGAUCCUCGUCACCAAGUCAGACCUGGAGGAGAAGACACAGAACAUGCUGGAGCUGAAGAUGCGUUUGGAAGAGUUGCAGAUGGAGAAUGAGUACCAGCUCCGUCUGAAGGACAUGAACUACAAUGAGAAGAUGAAAGAGCUUUCUGACAAGUUUACCCAGCAAAUAGAGUCUCUGAAAUCACACCAACAGGCCAUGAAGAUUGAAAUGGAGAAGCAGGAAUGCGAGCACCAGAAGAGUUCUGCAGAGGUCACGCUGAAACACUCGAAAGAGCUGAAGGAUUUAGAGCUGUCCUGCAGUCAGAAGCUGAUGGUAGAGCAUGAGAGGUAUCAAGAUCUUCAACGAAAAUAUGAAAGAAUGCAAGAAGAUUAUGAGAUGCAGUUGAAGGCUGCAGAGGAGAGCAAAGUCCAAGGCCUGAAGGAGCAGAUGCAGCUCUAUGAGGCCAAACUGCAGGAGAAGAUUCAGCUGCUGGCUCAGUGUCAGGAGGAUGCACAGCAGCAGAUCUGUGAUUUUAAAGAGAUCAUAAAGCAAGUAGAGCAGGAUGAGGAGAGGAAGAUCCAUGACAUCCAAAUCAAGUAUGAGAAGAAACUCCACACUGAGAAAGAGACCAACACGAACCUAAAAGGAGAAACUAGUAUCAUGACACAAAAGUACUACAGUCUGCAGAGACAGAUUGAUGACAGGUGCACGGACAUAAACAAGCUAAAGCAGGAGCGCCAGCGGCUGCUGGGGUUGAUCCGUUCCCUGGAGAGCGACAUUGAGGAGCUGAAGCGGCAGAUCUCUGGACACGAAAAGACCAACCAGGACAAGGAUAAGACCAUCUCUAGCUUGAAGAAGAAGAACCAGGAACUUGAGAAGUUGAGGUUUGUCCUUGACUUCCAGUUAAAUGAGUUGAAGAAACAGACUGAGCCUCAACAAGAUGACAUCAAUGAGAAGAAGGAGCACAUCCAGAAGCUAGAGGAGGAGCUGGUGCAAAUCGACAAGAGCAACACGCAGCUGAGGCUCACUGUCUCUGACCUGAGACUCAAAGUGAAGGCCAGAAACAAGGAGGUGCAUAAGGAGAUGCAGAAAGUGAAAGAUUUGGAGACACAUCUGCAGCGGCUCCGGUCAGACCUCCAUAAUUGUGUGGGCUUCAUACAGGAUCCAAUGAAACUGAGGGACAGUGUGCAGAUGAUCUAUUCCCGCUAUGUGUCGCAGGCUAAUGGGGUGGAGUCUAGUGUUGAUGAGGACAUUCAGAGGGCGUUCUGUCGCCAGCGUGAUCUCCUCGAGAGGACCGUUAACAGUCUGAAGAUGAGGCUGGCCAAAUCUGCUGAGGAGCACGACAGAGUCUACGUCAAGAUCAUGAAGGAGAAUGUGACUCUGAUCUCUGAAAUCAAUGAGCUGCGUAAGGAGCUGCUUUCAGAGAGGACACGGGUCAAAGAGUACAAAGCUCAGCUGGCCGCAAUCAAGAAGUCCAACAAGUCCCGUCCUAACUCACAAGAUGGAGCCAGAAAGGAGCAAAACCACGAACAGGUCAAUUAAUCAUAGAUGGAACACAAGGCUGAACCUAAAACAGAGGUGUUGAGGAUCUUCAGCCUCAAGCAAUCAUCACAGCAACAGUUGAUGCUAACUUUGCUUAAAUGUAAAAACCCUUUUGUCUUAAAAUUAAGAAGCAGGUUUUUUGAAUGAUUUUGAAGCAUUUCACUAUUUCACAACAUACUAAUCAUGAAGACUGUUAAAGUAAAAUUAAAAAACGUUUAUAUUAAAAGCACUCUUCUUGUC